AUGGCUUCUGCGCCAACAAGACCAAGUUCACGCAUCCAACCUGUUGAAACAGACUUGCCGCUGGCGCCGGAUGAGCCCCGACGCCGCUGCAGUUGCUGCUGCUGCUGCCACCCGCCCUUCCUAAUCACCGCUAUCGUGUUCUUUUCUAUAUCUAUCAUUACCGUCACAGUCGCAGCGUUUCUUCGAACUCGUGAACCCGAGUUCCGAUUGGACUCGGCCAGUGUUGGUCAAGUAAACAUCACUAGCUCGAAAUUAACCGCGGUUUGGGACCUUUCCCUGUCCCUCAGAAAUCCGAAUAACAGGAUGGCAUUCUAUAAUAGCACCCGGGUUGUCGUGGCCUACCGCGAUGACUUCGUCCUUGCUGAGAAGCACCUGCCAGCGUUCGAGCAGGCAAGGAAGUCUUGCAACUCCAUCGCUGUUCGACUGGCGGCGAGUUCUCAAACGCUUAGCGAGGUUGCUGCGAAGGGACUGAGGGCCGAUUGGGGUCACCGGCAGGUGAAGUUUAAUGUUAAAUUGGCUUGUUUGGUGGACUUCCGGCGAGGGACGCUGGGGUUUUCCGUGCGCUGGAUUAAUGUAACAUGCGAUGAGGCUACAAUGGAGACUAUUGGGCCCGCCGGCGACGGGUGGAUGGUGGGUCCACCAAGGUCUUGCCGUCCUGACUUUUUGACUGAGUGA